AUGUACACCGUCCCACACUAUACAAAUUAUAACUCUGUGAGGUCCCCUAAUAAUAAUAAUAAUAACAACAAUACACAAAUCCAGGGAAGUAGUAAUGAUAGUAAUAGUAUAAAUAUAGCUACUACUACUACUACUACUACUACUACUACUACUACACAUAGAGGUAUUCAUAUGAAUGAUGAUAAUGAUAAUGACAGGAAGACUACUAUACUAUUACAACAAGAACCAUUCUAUUCAUUAGACUAUCAUUGUAAUCCUGAUGGCAUGAGAUGGCAGUUACAACAUGCCUGCUUGUAUACAGAGACACUGCGGCGAUUUAUCGUAGAAUUAGAGAGUGAAAAUAGUCUUCUCCGCAUUGCACUUGUAGAGGCAGCGGAGCGACGCACACGACAGCGAUUUCACAGCCACCACAAUCAUCAUACUAUCACUAAUAGCAAGAACCAGAGUAAUAAUAAUAAUAAUAAUAAUAAUAAUAAUAAUAAUAAUAAUAAUAAUAAUAAUAAUAAUAAUAAUAAUAAUAAUAACACUAAUAAUAGUAAUAAUAACACUAAUAAUAUUAAUAUCAGUAGUAUGAAUAAGAGAGGAAAUAAGAGUAGGUGUAAUGUGGAUAACGCUCAUACAAUGGAAUGGACUGUAGGGCCGCCGGUAUUAGAAGAAUGUCGGAUGCGCAUGGAGGCGAUGGAAAAGACCGCCAAACAUUACAUUCAACAGGAAUUGCAGAGACUACAGAAACAACAACACACAGAUGAAAUUCAACCACAAUCACAACAACAACAAAAGGAAGAAAAAGAAGAGUCAUUAUGUUUACGUGGUGAGUGUUUUGAGGCGAAUCUUUCCCUCUCAGAGCGACGCCGUUGGAAAGAACACAUUCAACACACACUGGAGGAACUCGCACUGCUGCAUCGAGAGAUGGAAAGACAAACUAUUGGGGGAAAAGGAAUAACCUCCACUACUAUCACCAAAUCCAUGGAAGAGACACCCGAUACGAUGAUCGAGAAAAAGAAGAAGAAGAAAAACAAUAAUAAUAAUAAUAAUAAUAACGAUAACAACCAUGAUGACGAUAAUAAUAAUAAUAAUAAUAAUAAUAAUAAUAAUAAUAAUAAUAAUAAUAAUAAUAAUAGUAAUGACAGCAAUAACAACAAGAAGGAUAUUAUUGCGAUACUUACUGCACGUGUGGGGGAACUUGAGGCGGAAGUGAUGUAUUGGAAAGAGACUGCAGCAGCAGAGCGGGAACGUGUGAGUUUAUAUCAACAAGAAGCGUUAAAGGAAUUACACCGCAUGCAUGCGGUUUAUCAACGUGCAUUGACAGGAGGAGAGACGACCGCCAAAGGAAGUUUUAUCAUGUCAGUAAAACCCAAAGAAGGAACAGAUCAUAAUAUACAACUGCAAAGAAAAGAAACUUCUCCUUCUCUUCCUCCUCCUCCUCCUUCUUCUUUUCCUAUUGGUAUUACACCUUCCAUGGAGAUGAUGGGACUUCACAAAGAGGAGGAAAAGAAAGAAGAGGAGAAUGUGAAUAUACGGCCCAGUGCGGAUCGCAGCCCCUCUCUCACGACAAACGAGAGAAAUAAGACAUUCCCACUCCCAACAGCACCAACAACAACAGCAACAACAACAACAAUAGCUACAUCAAUAUCAACAACAACAACAACUCCUCCCAAGUCUAGUGGUAUGGUUAUUCCAGGCAAUACUCUCUCGACUGGGAAUGCAGCAGAGGAGACGUGGAUGCGACGCUAUCGCUCAUACCAUUCAGACACAUACCUCCGAAGAGAGAGUGUCGCUACUGAUGUGGAAGGUACAUCCACAUUGUGA